UUCCCGAGAGCGGCUCUGCCUCGGCGUCUCUGCACUGCGCACCCGGUCCGGCUGCCCCGUCGCCCCCGCCGCCCGCCCGUGCGUCCGAGCGGCCGCAGCCCUCCGCCGAGGGCGCCCCGGGACGGAAGGGUCCAGCAGUCUGCCGGCGCCCGCCGCGCUCGUGGUCGCCGUCGCCGUGGUCGUCGUGGUCGUGUCCGCCGUCGCCUGGGCCAUGGCCAAUUACAUCCACGUCCCGCCCGGCUCGCCCGAGGUGCCGAAGCUCGACGUGACGGUGCAGGACCAGGAGGAGCAGCGCUGCCGUGACGGCGCCCUGAGCCUGCUGCGGCAUCUGAGGCCGCACUGGGACCCCCGGGAGGUGACCCUGCAGCUGUUCACAGAUGGGAUCACAAACAAGCUCAUCGCCUGCUAUGUGGGUGACACCAUGGAAGACGUCGUUCUGGUGAGGAUUUACGGCAACAAGACCGAACUGUUAGUCGACCGAGAUGAGGAAGUGAAGAGCUUCCGUGUGCUGCAGGCUCAUGGCUGUGCGCCUCAGCUCUACUGCACCUUUAACAACGGCCUGUGCUAUGAGUUUAUCCAGGGCGAAGCUCUGGACCCGCAGCAUGUCUGCAACCCGGCCAUUUUCAGGCUCAUAGCUCGUCAGCUUGCCAAAAUCCAUGCUAUUCAUGCGCACAAUGGCUGGAUCCCCAAAUCUAACCUGUGGCUAAAGAUGGGAAAAUACUUCUCUCUCAUUCCCACAGGAUUUGCUGAUGAAGACAUUAAUAAAAGGUUCCUAAGUGAGAUCCCAAGCCCUCAGCUUCUUCAGGAGGAGAUGACUUGGAUGAAGGAGAUUCUUUCAAACCUGGGCUCACCUGUGGUACUUUGCCAUAAUGACCUGUUGUGUAAGAAUAUAAUCUACAACGAGAAACAAGGUGACGUACAAUUCAUUGAUUAUGAGUAUUCUGGAUACAACUACCUGGCAUAUGAUAUUGGAAAUCAUUUCAAUGAGUUUGCAGGUGUCAGCGAUGUAGACUAUAGUCUCUAUCCAGACAGAGAGCUCCAGAGCCAGUGGCUGCGCUCUUACCUCGAAGCCUACAAGGAGUAUAAAGGCUUUGGCAGUGAUGUCACUGAAAAGGAAGUAGAGACACUCUUCAUUCAAGUCAAUCAGUUCGCAUUGGCUUCUCAUUUCUUUUGGGGACUCUGGGCUUUGAUACAAGCUAAGUACUCCACGAUCGAGUUCGACUUUCUUGGGUAUGCGAUUGUCCGUUUUAACCAGUACUUUAAAAUGAAGCCCGAGGUCACAGCACUGAAAAUGCCCGAGUAAAGACGAGGCCUCGCUGUUCUCCAGGAGAUGAGCGGCACUUGUGGAUGGUUCUGAGAAAUUCCAAAAGCCAAUAUUUGUUAAAACUCAUUUAAUUUGGUUAUCUUGCUUUAAAAAUUAUGCCUCUAAACAACCAACCUAUCUUUAAAUAGAAUGAUGUUAAGAAUAUGCUUACUGCUGUCAGUAUGUGGCGGGCUAAAGAUCUGACCAUCCGCAGAGAGAGUGGAGAGUCCUGCUUUAGCCUGAGGCAGUACAGCCCGUGUUACAUGUGAAUUAUUUAUUACAGGUUUGACAUGACUGACUACUUUGAUCUUUCAGUUGUUGUUUCAGUGUAUGCAAUGAAAAUAUUGUGGAAAUCUUUAAAAGGUUUUGUUGAUAGAUUUUAAUUUCAGAAAAACAUUCUUGUUGUUCAGUGUAACUGUUGUAAAAUGAAUCAUUUACUCUCAACCUUGGCAGUCACUGCCUCAGUAGUAACUUAGGGUAUUCUAGACAAGUGCCCGUUGAGGAGGGGGCAGGGCAGUUACUGUCUCCUGGGGUAGGUAGACUUUUUUGAAUUGGAAAUUGGAAAUCAUUUCUUUUUGGGGAGUACAACUUAGAAUUAAAUUGUCUCUAUAUAGCCUGACAAUAUAAAAUAUAUUUACUGUAUAAGCCUGGAAUAUAACAAUUUAAUGUUAAAAUCUGUUAAGUCAUGUUUUCAAAUACUAGAUACAUUCAUUUAAAGUAAUAGUCCCAAUUUUUAGAAUUUACCUAUCAAAUUGUUUCUAACCAAAAGUUUUGUUUUACUUGACAUACUAUGUUUUUGUUCAUUCAAUAAUAGCUGGUAUUGUUAGUAUUUGAAGCAAACAUUCAGAGUUCAUAGUGGGAAGCAAGGAAUGUCAUUUAGAUGCUUUCUAUUCAGAUUCAUUCCUUAAGUUGGUUUUGUGUCUAUAGAGUCAGCAAAUAAUUAAUUAUCCAUGUAGUUCCAGAGUAGUGUUGAAGCAGUUACAGAGCCAGUAAGGAGCAUUUAGCUAGGUCAUUGAGCUUGAGAAGUAAGGAAGUGUGACUUAGACAGUAGCUGUGGUAGGAGGACUUGUUUUGACUUACCUUGGUUUUGACAGUCUAGUUUUUAUUUUGUAUAGUGUAGGAGGGAGGCAACUAUUUCCUGAAAGGCAGUUAGGUCUCUGAGGUAGACAAGGCUUUAAUCUUUGAAGGCUGCUCUGUGGGCUUGAGCAGUCAGGGUAACUUAGAUUAGUCAGACAGGCUGUGGUCACAUAAGUGCUUAUGUACAAAGUUGGCUCCAUGGAUCUGCGUAUUUAACGUAUGCACUACAGAUCUAUUCUAAGAUUGUCUGGUGUUCCACAUGACUUAUGUUCUCAGCCAAGUGCUUUAAAAUACAUGGAUUGUCUCAAGGUGUUCAAACCUAAUAAAGUAGAAACAGGCCAUUUGAGAUGGUAAAUUCUAGCCACAUACAUAGACUCUUAAAUAUGUGUCUCUAACAGUGUUAGACCUGGAUUCGGUUUCUACCUCCCCAGUGCUAUAAUGUUCAUGUUUGUUUUUAUGAACCACAUUACUGUAAGAUCAUUACAAUUCUGCCGACUUCCUUGAAUGAAAACAAAUAAUGACAAGCUUGUUUCAAUGUUAAAACAAACCUGCAAAAAACCUGGCUUAGUGGAGUUUUCAUUCAUGGUUGGAACACUGUCAUAGGGUGAUAAAGAUGUGUGAGCCUCCUGAUUCUUUGCUCUCCUCCUUAAAGUCCUAGAGUAUGUGCCACGUGCAAACCCUAGAGAAGACAGUGUUGGUUAGUCUGCUCCUGUUCUUGAGAGUGCUUUGAAUGGAGGCUCACUGGGUGGCUGCGGCUGCGGCUGCGGCUGCGGCUGGUGGACUGCUAAGCAGCCAGCGGAAAUGUGACAGAGUCCUGUGGCAGUGAGUGCACUGACAGCGAGGCCUCCUUGUUCACUCUGCUAGCGCGGAAGAGGUCGUGAAGAGAGACUAGCACAUGACAGUUCUUACCCCCAUUCCUUGGCCAGAUUUGGGGGCUCUGAUGCACCCAAAAGCUCUCACACGGCUUUUGGGGAUCAUGGUGUAGAUGAUCAACAGGAUUCAAAAUGUCUUUCUUUGUAUUGACCAUGUAAGGGAUUCUAAAGAGGGUAUAUUGGGACUGUUCUGAAGAGCAUCCCUCUAAAAUGUGUCCUGUGGCUUGUUGGAUAUCAGUUGCCUUCUUUUGUUCAGCUAAGGAACUUGAAUGCCUUACUUACCUAAUCACUCAACUGGUAGUAAGCUCGUUUUGUAAAUGUGAACGUGGAUGUUAGAAGUGGCAUUCAUGGAUGUUCAGUGUAAUCAAUAGACCGUAGUGGCCUGGAUGCUUUAACAAGCAACAUUGUGCAUUGCUGCCCUCCGCCCCCAUCCUCCCUGCACACUGUAUGCUCUUCAACCUGACCAGUGAUAUUCGAUGCCCUGCCCCUCCCUCUGCGCUACCACCAUUUCUGGGAAUGAGAGAAUUGGUGUUGACUGAUCUGCCUGAGAUCAACAUGAGCACAAACCUCAUCAGCUAGGUCUGCUUGGAGUGUAAAUAGGACGGUGUAAAUAGCCGCUGUAAGUAGUGUGAGUGUUGGCUUGCGUAAAGAGUGUGUAGUUUUGCAUUUUCCUUUGUAGAAGUUUUUCUGUCACUAAAUGAUCCAGCCUGUUGGCAUUAGGCUGGGACCAGUGCAGUAAGAUAGCAGGAACUGGAAGGAAGGUUUAAUGGUUUAGUUAACGUUGGAAUUUAUUUAUUUAGCCUCUCAGUGCCUAAUAAGACUUUUCUCCAUUUUUUACUUGGCUAUUAAUUUUUUUUUUAUAGGUUAGAUUCUGGGAAGCAGUACAUUUAUAGAGCUUAUCUUUGAGUCACAAUUUAAAACUAAAGGAAACUAAAAAUAUACUUUGUUUGUAAACUGAAGUGUGGUCCCCUUUUCUAUUUUCAGAGUUUGUUGACACUUUCUACAAGAACUUGAAAUUCAAUGUGAAUGUAAAUCUCAUCCAUGCAAGACAUAGGGCACACGGCAUCCUUACGUCUGUCAGGCCCCUUCCCUGGGGCGGGUCAGCAGGGCCAACUAUUUCUCCCUCCCUGACCUCCAAAUGUCUAUUUUAACUUUGUGUUGCUAACAUUAAAUUUAGACUUAAAAGAAGAAUUCCCCCAAACACUCGGAAGAGAAGUUAGAAUAUUUGAAAAGGAGUCAGUUGUGUCUGUGUUCUGCAGAAGCCCCUGGCCCUCCUGGUGACCUCGCUGGCUGGCUUAUAAAGGGCAGUAGUGUCAGGUGGGAUUUGAUUUUCUCUAAGUUGCUUGUAAGCAUUUUAUACUGCAUUCCAGAGUACUGUAGACAUAAGCAUUUCCCUGCUAAGCUGUCACCUGUCACAGUGCUUUGUCCUGGGGUGGGCCUCGUGACAGCAGCACAUGCUACCUCACGGGAAGGCCGGCACCCAGGUGGAGAGAGCCUCCUCAGAGUGGCUGGCUUUGGCUGCUCUUGUUCUUCCUCAGUCAGGUUACAGGCUGCCCUUUACUGGGAAGCAGGGCUCCAUCUUCCGGCCUGUUCCUGUUCUGAGAAGCAGAGUAGAAGGCGGCAAGUGAGCCGCCUUUCCACACAGUGGCAGCGGUGCUCAGUCUUGGGUUUGACAAAUGCUAUCAGCUGCUCCAGACAAAACAUCCCCAUUUUUGGAAUUUCCAUCCAUAUUUCUGUAAAUUAAAAUACUGGAGGGUUGCAUUAUUUUGAAUUCUUGAAGGCUAAAUUCACUGACAGAUUUGUUUUAACAUUUUUAUGACUGAAAAUUUCUUUUUUGGCUCAAUUUGAUAUGGGAAGAAACCCCAAAGUAUUUGGAUUAGAAACAAAUAAUGAUGCUUGAUUGAUAAGCACUUUAACUCCUGUGUUGGUGGCAGUUUCUUUCCUGGACUGGACACUGUGGUAGCACCAACAUAUCUUAGCCCAUUGUGCAUUGUGUGGCGUGUGUACUUGCAAAAAUACUCUUUAAAAUAGUUACAAUUUUAUCUUUGGGUUGUCUUACCCAAGGUGGUCCUUUAGAUCCCAUCAGUAAGUUUCAAUAGAACACUAGAUAGUUAUAGAACUGAAAACACCACAUUGUCUUUCAACUAGUUUGUGAAAGUGGAACAGGAAAGCCUAUCCAAAUGGAAUUACAGGCUUCCUAGCCAGAAACUCUGAGAGCUAGGUUGAAACCCAAUGACACCUGCAGAGCAGUGGAGGGCACGGCAGUGCCUGCUCUCCACGCCUGCACCGUGGCGUGCUGCUGUUUGUUGUAGGUUGACAUACUGAGUGUUCCUUGUUAGUAAUCUGAAGUCCUCUGUAUUUACAUGUACUAAAGUAACUGUAAACUAAUGGAACCUGUAAGAACUUUUCUGUAUUUAGGAGCUUUUGUACAGCAAGGUCACAUGUCCUGAUUUUAAGAAGACAUGGCAUUACCCAUUUGCAAGGGAAAAGCUGAAAUGAGGAGCUGUCAUCGCGUUAGCUGUCUGUUGAAUUGGGAAGCUAUGGCAUAGGGUCUUAGAUAUGUGUUUCUCAAAUGUGAAUUGUAGUCUAAUGCUGCUUUGUCUAGACUGUAAGUGCUACGGACAGUCUCAGCACUGAGUGGAUCGAUACCUCGCCAUGAGCGCAGCCUUUGUCCUAGGUUUCCCUACUCCUCAGCAAGUGUCUGAGUGCUGGAGAACUUGCAUAUCUGUUUGCUAGCAGAGAUACUUCCUGCUGUUUCCUUUGUUGUUACAUAUUUUUAUGUUUGAAAUUUAAUUUUUACUACUGUUAAUUUAAGUAAAAUUUGUUCCAUGUAUAAAAUGGCAUUGCCAGUGAAAAUCAACAGCCUCAUUCACGUAGCUGCUGAAGUGAAGUACAUUUGUGUUCUGUGUUCAUGAACUUGCAAUGAAGCCGUGUUUCUUUUAGAUAAAGUGCGGCUUAGGCUUUAUUUCUGUUUAAUAAGGCUUUCUACCAUUGAUUAAAUGAAGGAAUGUAUCUUUUUGAAGAGAUUUAUAUUCUGUAAAUAAACAUUGGUUGUAACAAUAAAGUUGAGUUCUAACUAUAA